AUGAGUCACAUUCUAAAUCUUUUCGCUUUUGGUGCAUUUGGUGUAACCUCUCUUAUCUUGCUCAAGAUAGUCUAUAACAUUUUCCUACAUCCCCUUCGACACUACCCAGGACCAACAUGGUGGGCUACCACUCGCCUCGCCUGGUCCCAUGCCUUGCAAUCGGGGACCUAUCACUUCAAGCUCGCCCAGCUCCACAAGCAGUACGGCCCAGUGGUGCGAGUCGCUCCUGAUGAGCUGUCUUAUAUCGAUCCCGAAGCCUGGAAGGACAUCUACGGUAACCGCAACAUCCCAAAGAACCGUGUGUGGGCUGGCCAAGAAGAAGAACAUUGUCCCAUCAGCAUUGUUAGUACCGAUGAAGCAACGCAUUUGCGAAAUCGCAGAGCACUUGCUGGAGCAUUCACUGAGCAUGCCAUCAUCGAACAUGCACCUUUGCUGGAAGGCCUUGUUGAGACCAUGAUGCAGAAGCUCGGCGAAGCAACUAAGAAGGGUAACAGGUCCGCUAUUGUUGUAAACUUCACAGAUUGGUUCAACUGGCUUACUUUCGACAUCUCCGGCGUCCUCUCCUUCGGCGAAUCAUUCGGUAGCGUAGCAGCCGGCCGAGCACACCCCUGGGUCGAAAUCAGUUGCAGUUUCGGCAAAGGCAUUGCACUCAUGGCUUCCAUCAAUUUCUUUCGCCCGCUGAAUCAGCUGCUCAAACUCGCGAUGCCAAGGGGGGUCAUGGAAAAGAUGAAAUAUCAUAAGGAGCUGGCGCAUGCGAAGUUCAUGCAGCGUCUCGCGAUGGAGCAUAAGGAAAAGGCGCAAGACUAUGUGGGCUCGGUUUUGGCGUACAAUCAAGAGAAGGGUGAGACGAAGAUUCCAGACCAAGAGAUUGAAACAAACAUGACGGUGCUUAUUUUUGCGGGGAGCGAGACUACGAGUACUUCGCUGACGGCGAUACUGACUCAGCUUCUGCAAAGCCCAGCUGCCCUAACGAAGGUCGUAACAGAAAUCCGCGAGAAUUUCACGAGCGAAGAAGAUAUCAGUAUUGCCAAUGUGGCAAAGCUGGACUAUCUCGAUGCCGUGAUCCAAGAAGGCAUCCGCAUGGGCCCUCCCGUAGCCGUGGGUCUCCCUCGCAUCACCCGGAAAGAAGGCGAAAUCAUCUGUGGCCAGUACGUACCAGGAAACACUUUCGUCUCCGUAAACCAAUAUCCAACCUUUCGUUCACCAUUGAACUUCACCGAACCCGAUCAGUUCGUGCCAGAACGAUUUUUACCAAGCUCACCGUAUCCUUCCGAUCGCAUGGAUGCUUUUGUGCCGUUUCUACUUGGACGCCACAAGUGCAUUGGGCAAAAGCUUGCUUGGGCAAUCAUGCGGUUGACGUUGGCAUGGCUGUUUUUCAAGUUUGAUCUAGAGGUAGCUGGGCAGGUUGAUGAUUUUGGGUUGCAGAAUAAUUUUAUGUUUUGGGAGAAGAGGGCACUUGAGGUGGAAAUCCGAACUAGACAAACACUGGAGUAG